AUGACGAGAUUUGAUGUUGCACGUCUGUGGGGUUGUAGUAGUGUAGGGUGGGAAUAUGUUGCGGCUGAUGGUGCUUCGGGUGGAUUGUUGUUAAUGUGGGAUGAUUUUAUGUUCAAGAUGAAUAAUUGUUAUAAAGGGGAGAGAUGGCUGUGUGUUGAAGGGGUCUUAUUAAAGAAUAAUUUCAAUUGUGCCUUCCUUGUGGUUUACGGUCCUCAUGAUAGAGGGGACAAACUUGUUGUGUGGGAGGAGCUGAGUUAUGUUGCUGGAUUAUGUCAGUCCCCUUGUUGCUUCAUGGGAGAUUUUAAUGAGAUUGUCCAUGUAGAAGAAAGAAAAGGUGCAGGUAGUUUAACAAUAGCGGGUGAAGAGUUUAAAGACUGGAUACAGGAUAUGCAAUUGGUGGACAUACCGCUAAAUGACCGUAAGUAUACAUGGUUUAGAGGCUGUUCCUGUAGUCGGAUUGACAGAGUAAUGGUUAGCUUGGAAUGGGUUGAGGAGUUCCCUGAGACCCGACUAAGAGGAGGACCAAGGGGUUUGUCAGAUCACUGCCCAUUGAUAAUGGAAGUUACCAAGAUAAGAGACGGCCCAAGACCUUUUAGAAGCCUAGACUCAUGGUUUACCCAUAAAGGUUUUCUAAGAAUGGUUAAAGAGGAAUGGAGGGGUUUAGGGGAGAAAAAUAUCAUAGAGAAAUUAAAGGCGUUGACAGCACCUCUAGGGAGAUGGCACAAGGACAACUUUGGGGGCAUGGAUAAGAAAAUCCAGUAG